GAUAAAGCUUGGCAGAACAUCCCCCUGGGCUGAAGAGAGAAUCCACCCGGGAGAGCAAGACGGUUUUAUGAACUAGAAAUAAAUUCAGACGCAGCCCCGAGGACAUGGAAUUCUUCUGGAUCAGCUUCUUUCUGUCUUUGGCGGUGGCUCACGUCACCGGACUCCGCUGCUACUCUUGUGAAGGAGAUGAUUGCCAGGAAACCGAGGUCUGCAAAGAGCAUCAGGAGCAAUGUCGUACCACUGUCAUGACCCUGCAAGCCUUACCUAAGAUGUCUAGUUACAUUCUGAAAGGCUGUGACGUGGCUGGGAAGCCAAACAAUUCCUUGACACACUUCUCUGGCAAGUACACGGUGUUUCUGACGGAGGAGCACUGCAACGCUGACCUGUGCAACAGCAGAGCACCAAAUGAAAUGAGCACUCGUAUCGCUCGAGGCCGCCAGCGAAGCACCCUGGAUUGCUAUACCUGUGCUUCAUCUGAUAAGACCUGUUUCAAAACCACCCUUGUGCCAUUGCGCUGUGUCCUGCCCAGAGAAAGCUGUGUGGACAUCACGUCCUUUACCAUGCCAGAAGAGUUUCCAGCGGACGAAGAGCGCAUCAAAGGCUGCGGGCAGCUCUCCCAGUGCCAGGAGCCCCUGGGCUUCCACAAUCAGAACAGUUUCUACCUGAUCAAGUGCUGCAACACCAGCUGGUGCAAUAACGACGUGCAAGACUACAAGAGUAAGCCCCUGGCCCCAAAUGGGGUGUCGUGCUACAGUUGCGAGGGGAACUCCACCCACGGCUGCGCUCCAGAAAACGUCGCCAAAGUGCAGUGCCAGGGCCCCAUGACCCGGUGCCUAGAAGCCUCAGGCAUUCAUGGCAUCUCUGGAGAGCAGUCCGUCCUUAAGGGCUGCGCUUCCUCCUCCUGGUGCGACAGUCCCUACACCUCCGUCUACAAGAACCUGGGUGCCAUUCAAAGCCGCUGCUGCGCCGAGGAUCUCUGCAACGAUUGGAUCAAGGACGGGACACUGAAACCGUUGCCUCACAGCCAAGCCAGCCACAAAGUCACAGCCCAGCGAACGUUGCUUUCGACAUGUCUGCUGCUCUCCACGGCCCUUCUCCUCUCCUCGGAGAGAUCAUGACCGUCCACAAGAAGACUGGGGCUUAAUCUGAGCCGGGAUAUAACAGGGGCCCAGACAUGGAACCUGUUUCCCCCACGUCCAGUAUUUAAGUGCAGCUGUGAAGAAUCAUGUAACGUAAUAGCAGAGAGACUCUGAGUAUGCGCAGAGUGCGUUGUUUCCCCCCCCCCCCAUUUCAUGCCACCAAGGACCUGCAGCCGCUCCUGGAAGUCUGGGGAUGAACAGGCUGGCCUUCCGAGUCCAAGAGCACAAGAUUAGCCAUAAGCCCCAGAUCCUCCCUCUUUGAAAUUGGCCACUGACUGGGGCUACAGUCCUCUGCGGUCUCACAUGGCACCACUAACUUCUGAUGCAUAAGAUUGUGCAGUGAUUAAUGUAUUAAUUGAGAAAGGGAGGGAGGAGCGUCUAGUGGCUACAGAAAGUCAAGACUUGGGAUUCCUGGGUUCCGUUCUCAGUGAGGGGUUUGAAAAUGAAGGCCAAUGAAUAAAGGCAGGGGUGCUGGACACCCAUUCUGUUUGGACAUCCCUCAAAAACAUGUCUUAUCCUGCUGCUGAAUAGAAAUCCAAAAGCAGAAACGCCCCCAUCUUAUUAUUUAUUCUUAUUCAUUGCUAUGAAGGACUCUUUCUAUUUUAACUCUUCCUACGAACAAGGAUUUGGCGCCGGCACAGUCCCUACGCUACACGAAACCAUCAAGAGGACUAGAAACUCCAUUCUUUUUAGAUGUGGGGGAUCAUGCCAAGAAAUGUCCAGAUGCAUUUACUGUCCACCUCGGUUUUGCCUUCCUGAAAUUUGAUGAGAUGAUGUCUCCCUGUUAUUUUAUUAUCAUAUAAUUAUUUAUGUUAAUAAACUAUUUUU